GCCGGGGGGGGAGCAGCGGAGCCGCCCCGGGCGGAGCGGGCGCGGGGGGCCCAUGGGGCCGGUGCGGCCGUGAGCGCUCGGCUCGGCUCGGCUUGACUCGGCUCGGCUCGGCGCGGCGCGGGCAGCCCCGCGGAGCCAUGGACGGACACGCGGCUCCGGGCGCGGGCGGCGAGGAGCCGCUGAGCUCCGGCAGGAUGAACGCGAAGCGCGGCGGGCGCGCCGCGGAAGAGGAGAGCCGGAACAAGCCCAAGCUGAAUAUUCAAAUAAAAACUUUGGCAGAUGAUGUGCGUGACAGAAUCACAAGCUUCAGGAAAUCGGCUGUGAAGAAAGAGAAGCCCCUCAUUCAGCAUCCUAUUGACUCCCAGCCUUCCAUUAGUGAGAUCCCACAUGCCCAGGCUCUUGUUGAUGAGCGCUGCAUGAACUUAUCAGAGAAGGAAGUUAUGGAUCUCUUUGAGAAAAUGAUGGAGGACAUGAACCUGAACGAGGAACGUAAAGCUCCUUUGCGAGACAAAGACUUGAGCACAAAGCGUGAGAUGGUUGUCCAGUACAUUUCUGCAACUGCCAAAUCCAUAGUCGGAAGUAAAGUUCCGGGGGGACUAAAAAACAGCAAGCACGAAUGUACCCUGUCCUCACAAGAAUACAUCCAUGAACUGCGUUCUGGAAUUUCAGAUGAAAAACUCCUGAAUUGCCUGGAGUCUUUGAGAGUGUCUCUAACCAGCAACCCAGUCAGCUGGGUUAACAAUUUUGGACAUGAAGGUCUUGGGCUCCUGUUGGAUGCAUUGGAAAAGCUUCUGGACAAGAAACAGCAAGAAAGUAUUGAUAAGAAAAAUCAACAUAAACUUAUCCAGUGCCUCAAAGCAUUUAUGAACAACAAAUACGGUUUGCAAAGGAUUCUAGGAGAUGAAAGGAGCCUCUUGCUGCUGUCAAGAGCAAUUGAUCCAAAGCAACCACACAUGAUGACUGAGACAGUGAAAAUCCUUUCUGCUCUCUGCAUUAUUGGGGAGGAGAACAUCCUGGACAAGCUCUUAGGUGCUAUAACCACUGCUGCUGAGAGGCACAGCAGGGAGGAACGUUUCUCCCAGAUCGUGGAAGGCCUGGAGAACCACGAGUUCAUCCAGCUGCAGGUGGCAUAUAUACUCUACCUUGAAAAACAGGCCUUGAAAGAUAAGGAAAAUGAAGAACUUGAUAUUCAGCUGAGGGUGUUUGAUGAGAACAAAGAUGAAGACCACUUUGAACUGUCACAUCGUCUCAAUGAUAUCAAAGCUGAAAUGGAUGAUGUGAGCGAAGUAUUUCAUCUGCUGUACAACAUGGUGAAAGAUACUUCUUCUGAAAAUUACUUCUUGUCAAUUCUCCAACAUUUCCUCCUGAUCAGGAACGAUUACUAUGUCCGACCUCAGUAUUACAAGAUCAUAGAAGAAUGUGUGUCACAGAUAGUGCUGCACUGCAGUGGCACGGACCCAGAUUUUAAAUACAGAGGAAGGAUGGACAUCAAUUUUACACAUCUUGUUGAUGCGUGUGUGGACAAGGCUAAAGUAGAAGAGAGUGAAAAGAAAGCAGCAGAAUUUUCCAGGAAGUUUGAUGAAGAGUUCACAGCUCGACAAGAGGCACAAGCAGAGCUGCAGAAACGAGAGGAGAAAAUCAAAGAACUUGAAUCAGAAGUCAAACAGCUCCGGACCCAGGGUCCAAGCCUGACAGAAGUCCCAGCAAUACCUCCAGCCCUCCCAAGUGAGAACGUCCCACCAUCUCCAGCGCCUUCACUCCCUGGUGGAGCCAUCCCUCCUCCUCCUCCCCUCCCUGGUGCAGGAACAAUUCCUCCUCCUCCUCCAUUACCUGGCGGAGCAGCAAUUCCUCCACCACCUCCCCUUCCUGGUGGUGCAGCAAUUCCUCCACCACCUCCCCUGCCUGGUGGAGCAGCAAUUCCUCCUCCUCCUCCAUUACCUGGCGCAUCCCUUCCUCCACCUCCCCCUCCUCUGCCGGGUGCAGCCAUCCUACCACCCCCUCCUCUGCCCGGUGUGCCCCCACCUCCUCCUCUGCCCGGGGGAGCAGGGCCUCCUCCUCCUCCUCCUCUGCCUGGAGGAGCAGGGCCUCCUCCUCCUCCUCCUCUGCCUGGGGGAGCAAUCCCUCCCCCGCCGCCUCUCGGGGGACCCCCGAUGCCACCCCCUCUGGGAGGGGGUCUCUUUGCUCCCUUCCCCGUGGUGCCAGCGCUGCCACACGGGAUGAAGGAGAAGAAGAAGUAUAAGCUGGAAGUCUCAAUGAAGAGAAUCAACUGGUCCAAGAUCGAGCCUCAAGAAAUAGGAGAAAACAGCUUUUGGGUAAAAGCUGAAGAAGAUAAAUUUGAAGACCCAGAGCUGUUUGCAAAAUUGGCACUUACCUUUGGAACCCAAAUGAAAGCCAAAAAGCCUGUAGAAGAAUCAGAAGAAAAGAAAGCAGCUCAGUCAAAGAAGAAGAUCAAAGAAUUAAGAGUUUUGGAUGGAAAAUCUGCACAGAACUUAUCAAUAUUUUUGGGUUCCUUCCGUUUGCCUUACGAAGAAAUAAAAAAUAUCAUUUUAGAGGUUGAUGAGGAGAAGCUGAGUGAAUCCUUGAUUCAGAACCUGGUGAAGAAUCUUCCUGAGCAGAAAGAACUCAAUGCCUUAGCUGAAUUGAAGGAUGAAUACAACGAUCUUGCCGAGCCUGAGCAAUUUGGAGUUGUGAUGAGCUCGGUGAAGAUGCUGCGCGCGCGCCUCAACGGGAUCCUGUUCCGGCUGAUGUUCGAGGAGCACGUGAACAACAUCAAACCCGACAUCAUGGCCGUGACCCUGGCCUGCGAGGAGCUCAAGAAGAGCGAGAGCUUCAGCAAGCUCCUGGAGCUGGUGCUGUUCCUGGGCAACUACAUGAACUCUGGCUCCAGGAACGCUCAGUCUCUGGGCUUCAACAUCAGCUUUCUGUGCAAGAUUCGAGAUACAAAAUCAUCAGACCAGAAAACCACCCUGCUGCAUUUCCUGGCAGAAAUCUGUGAGGAGAAUUACCGGGACAUCUUAAAAUUCCCAGAUGAGCUGCAGCACGUUGAGAGUGCAAGCAAAGUUUCAGCCCAGACUCUGAAGAGCAACCUGGACUCCAUGAACCAGCAGAUCCAGCGCCUGGAGAAGGACAUUGAGAACUUCCCUAAAAGCCAGGACGAGCACGACAAGUUUGUGGAGAAGAUGAGCAGCUUUGCUGAGAGUGCCCGAGAACAAUAUGAAAAACUGUCCAACAUGCACAACAACAUGACAAAAUUGUAUGAAAAUUUGGGAGAAUACUUCACCUUUGAUCCCAAAGCAAUAAGCAUAGAAGAAUUCUUUGGUGAUCUGAGCAACUUCAGAACUCUGUUCUUGGAGGCAUUAAAAGAAAACAACAAAAGAAGAGAACUGGAGGAGAAAACCAAGAGGGCCAAGCUGGCCAAGGAGAAGGCAGAGCGUGAGAGGCUGGAGAGACAGAAGAAGAAGCAGCAGUUGAUUGACAUGAACAAAGAGGGUGACGAGACAGGGGUGAUGGACAGUCUGCUGGAGGCCCUGCAGUCGGGAGCAGCUUUCAGGGACCGCAGGAAACGAACGCCGCGAGCGCAAGAUAACAAACGAGUGACUUUGGAAAGGUCUCGUUCUCGACACAACGGAGCAAUUGCAGCUGUAUGAUUCUUCUGAUGCCAAAGAAUUAAUGAAUUGUUUUAUUUACAAUGAAAUGGAUGUGCUUUGGGAAGAGUUUAUCAUCCAAAUUGGCAAUGAUCAUAAAGGAAUACUGGUAUUGAUUAAAUGAGAUGGUGUAAGAAUAUGUAAUUUUAAAGCAGUUGCUAAAAAAAAUCCACAUACUGUAUCUUAUUACCCCAACUACCAAGAUCUGUAAACAGUGUUAAACAGUAGGGUAUAUAUCUUAUUUUCUUAUGUUCUUUCUUUUUUUCAUCACCCCUUUUUGUUUAAGCUGGCAACUCACAUGAAAGGAGUUGGGGAUUUCUAGGUUAUGUUUUAUAUGGGUAAGAAAACACACUUCUGUUGAAAGAGUACAGCUGUGGAUUCCAUUUGCAGUUCUGAUUUGAACAUGAAAGGAAAAAUAAUAAAAUUGUAUGUUAAUAAAUUCAGAGAUGAGCUGGUCUACAUUAUCAGAAUCUUUUUUGUAACCAUAAAAAAGCAACACAUAGCCCCAGUCAGGUUGCUGAAAACCUUAUCUCAAUGUAAAGCCUGGUGGAUUCAGCUGUUUCAGCUGCCAGUAGGAUACAGCACAUAUCUACACUUCUGAUGAUGUGAUGAGGUGUAGUUACUUAUCACUGCUAAAAAGAAAAAAAAAAUUAAAUAAAACAGAGCAUAGGAUUUUUCCAAAAUGAUAUCAAGGGCAGAAUAUGUUUUUAACUGUAUCUAAGGAGGGAUUUUUCUAAUUGUGCACUUAUAUAUUCUUUAUAAAGCUAUUUGGGGGGAAGUAUGAUUGUCCUAUUUUGAUGAUGCUAAAAUGCCUGUGUGUAGGUUUUUAGAGACAAGCUCCACGGUGAAGUUUGUCAGAACUGCCUCUGAGUUUUUCCUCUGUUUCUCAGGUAAAAUACGUAGGGGGGUCUCCACUGGUGGAUUUUAGUGCUGAGAGUUCAGCAGCUACCAACACAAUUCCUACCUGGAGCACUGCCUGGCAGUGAGCAAGGCUGAUUUUUGGGAAGCUCCUGCUGUUGCCCUUUGUGUCCAGGCCCUUGCACUGCAGUUCCUCAGGUGAGCAGCUGCCACUGCUUGUCCUGGCACUCCCUGGGGAGCCACUGUCCCCUUUGUCCCCAGGGCAGUGGCCAGCUGUCCCAUCCUGGCCACUGAGGGUCCACUGCUCACCUGGAGGGGAUGGAGGAUUUGAGGUGGAAUCCCAGUGGAACUACUGCAUAAGUUGCUGAGCUGUGAUAUUUGUAAAGAAUCAGGAUGCUCUGCAGCAGCUGGCACUUGUUCUCAGAUUAUUGAUGCUUAUCACUGAUUGAUGAAAUUGUUGUGGAUGCUUUUAUUGCCUGGGGUUGUGGGGAACUUGGGGGUUUUUUUAGUGUCUGUAAAGGCUGUUUGGAAGGUGAGGUGUCAGUGGUUUCUGUGCACAAACUGCUUGCUCUGGAGGGACUUUGCUCCCGGGGCAGUGGAUCUUUGCACUACUGCUUGAGCAUCUUUGUACAGUAGAUUAUUUUUGCUUCUCUGCUGAGAUCCUCUGAAAACUAUUGGACUAGUUUGGGAUAAAUUCCCACAAUUACAGACUGCAUCAUUGUAAGAAAAUAUACAGCUCCUUUUCAAUCUAGUAUUGAAUUGUAAUUUUUAUUUUUUCUUCAAAGAAUACAGGGGGUUUGCCCGUAGCUCUAAACAUAGGAAUACCACUGAAGCCUAGUGAAAUGCUUGCUGUCAACUAAAUGCUCUCCCUAAACUGUUUAGGGGCUUUAGGAACAAACUGAAGAGUUUUAUGGUACUUCAGGAAAAAAAAAAAUAAGAAAAAAAAAACAUGCAACAGGAUUUUGUCUCCUUGUUAAUCAGUAAGAGCUAAAAAGAAUUCUGUCCUGUUUUGUGCAAGGUCAACAUCAGCCUUGUAUUGAAGCACUGCUUCUUUAAAUGGAACUAUUAAAUUUACACUCAUAAAAAUGUGCUUAAUGUACAAAGCCAGUUUAAAGGAUUAGGUUCAUAAUGUCUAUAAAAAUCAAUAGUGUCUUAGAAUUCAGAUUUUGAAAUUAGCAUUUUGCUGGGAUUUACGAGUAUUGGUAUAAUCUUUAUAUGUGAAAACUCAAAAGCUCUCCACAGAAUCUUUAUACGAUAGCAGUAGUUAUUAGUGCACAAGUUUUUCAUUUCCAUGGGUUAUAUUUUUUUUUUUGAAAGCUCUGUGAAAGCUGGCUACAGAUUUUCAAGAACCAAAUCUUAGGAAAAAAAGGCAAAUCCAAAAUAACAACAUCAUCUGAUGCUUCUAUUUUACUACUAUUUUUUUCAUAUUUGAAACAUUUCUAUAAUUUAAUGGACAUAUCUGUUAGAACGAAAGUGUCUUUCAAAGGAAAACUAGUUUAGAAGAUAAUUUAUGUAAAUAUAGGGUGCUCGUAUUUAUGAAGUCUAAAAUAUUUUCUGAAAUUGAUGCUGGUCACUUUGUCUUUUGAUAGUUUUUCAGUCUAUAUUAAAUUGCAGAUAUUUUUAAUGUUUUUAUUAUUGAUCUAAUUUUCAGAGGUGUCACAUGUUUAUCUAGAAGUGUAGAAGAGUAGCACCUUUUUCAGAAAUGCACUUGCCUUAUUUUCUAAUUUUAAAAAAGAAUGAAAUAUAUCAGUUAAAUUAUAUUUGUAUUCAAAGUAAUCCCAGAAAGAAAAUCACUGGAGGGUUCAUACAUAAAUUUCUUGCUAAUUAUGUUUCACUCUCUGUCCUCUGAGACAUGACGUUAACAAUAUACCAGCACAUCUGUUUGCAUUCACAUUCUACCAGUUACAGGUUCUGAGAGAGGUGGUUUUUUUUUUUUUAAACGAUGUUACACUGUUUACAUUUCUUAGUUUAUUUAAGAGGAAGAUAAUUUUAACCUUUGCGAUGAAUCGAACUCAGCCUCCGAAUGUCACGGGAACGAAAUGUUUCGGUCGUGUACAAACGCGCAAAUCUGUGCUGAGCUCCUGGCAGUGCAGCUCAGAAAUGGAGAGGCUCUGGGCUCCUCCUGCUCCGGUUUGGUGCAGUUUGCUGGGAGAACAAGUGCAAGCUGCUCUGUCCUGUGUGUUUGUGUGGGAUCCAGAGGGGUCCGUGCCCGGCACAGCCGGGAUGUUGGUGUUAAUCUGAUUAUUUGGCUCUAACCAAAACAGGAGCAGUGCCUCGGAGGGCAAACAGCUCCAGGGAUGCUGUCCCCUGUUCUGGUUUCAGCUGACUGUGGUCAGUGUGAGCAGUGUGAUCUGAAAUGAUCUGUUCUUCUUGAGAAUGGAGAUACAAGAGCGUUCCCAUAGUUCCCUUCUGUAAUAUGCAAAUAAUCAUGAAUAUCUGUAUAUUUUUGCAUUUUUGUGUGUGGUAUAUGUACUACCUCAGACAAAUGCUGUAAAAACCCAAAAUAUUUUCAUGGUUUCUAUCCAAGCCACAAUUCAUUAACAACCUACUUUAAAUUCAUCCCACAACACACCAAACUCUGAGAAUCUGGCUGAGUUUUAGGUUUGGCUCUGGAAAUCCUCCUAUAGCUUUUGUUAAGGAAACUUUGCAGCCUUCAGCUUUCACGUCCCUCAGGCAAACCCUGCUUGGAUGGGUGACUUCAGCCCUUCCUGCCCUGAGAAUGAUCUAGCUGGUGAAUAUUUCAAAGAGGUAAUAGUUCUGUGGGAGCAAACUUCCCUGUGUGUGUAAAUUGCUUUUUUUUCCAUUCAGCAAAGGCUUGGCUGAGUUCUACUUUGCUGUUUGCCUUCCAAGUGCUGCAAGGUCGGGCAGGACAAGCGCUGAGCAGUGUCCAGCCCACCUCUGAUGUGCCAUACUGUAUUUGCAAGUUUAAACUCAUUUUGAAAUAAGUAUUGUGAGGAACCUCUUCUUCUGCGGUGUCUCCGCACACGCCCACGCAUGCACACGAAAUGUAAAUAAAAAAUAAUUAAAAAAAAAAAAAAAUAAAUGAAUCAAAGCAGGUGCAGCCAAAUGCCUCAGCUUCAGGUGUCUCCAGGUCUCCUAGAGCUGCUUUUGUGCUCCAGGGAGGGAGUUGUGUGAGCCUGUGCACCCUGCAGUCCUGCAAGCACCCGCUGGUGCCACGGGGAGAGUGGGAGAGGAGAAGGAUUUGUUCUUGGAGUGCUUCCAGCACUGUUUGAGGUGAUACAUAUGCCACAGAAUGUGAACAAUAACCUAUUACAGUUCAGUCAAUCUGCUACCAUGCACCAUUUGAUUUCCCUUUUGGAAGUCAUAGGACUCCUGAUGCCAAAAAAAAAAAAAAAAAAAAUUAAAAAAAAAAAAAAAAAAAGGUGACAAAACUCAUGCAUUUCUAUUUUUUAAACAGCUCUGUGUUUGUAUGUAAUGUUUAAAAUAGGAAUUUGAUGAAAUCACAGCCUGGCCAUUGUUAAUCCAUGUAUUCUAAAAACUGUAAUAAAGAUAUACAUACCAUGA